AUGAAUAAAUCUAAAUUAUUUGCUUCCUUAAAUAAAUGGAUUUAUUUAAGUGAUAUCAUAAAAUUUUAAAAAAUAAAACAUAUUUUAAUCUACAAAAAAUAAAAAUAUAAUUAUAAUUUUUCAUAAAUCAAAAGAUAGAUCCUAAAAUAUAUUAAUAAUAUUAGUUUUAAUAUAAGUAUCUUCAUUUAUUUAUCAGCGAUCAAUCUCCUUAGCAAUUAAGGACUAAAGCAUAGCAGUACAUAGAAUACCAACCGUCACCAUAACCAGUAAGUCCAAUAUCACAGCAAAGAUAUCUAUUAUAUUGGUAGUAGUUAAAACUGUUACCGCCACUAGCUUCGCAAGCAUUAAUACACUUGGUGUUGGCUUUUGUGUAAUAGGUAGGAAUAGGAGCAUUAGUAGUUGAUUUUAUUCCACUUCCAAUCAGCAUUGGUACACCUCUGA